AUGGGAAGAAAUUUGUUCACAAGUGGAAACACAAGCAGCAAGCUAUUCUCCAGAGCUUCGAAAACCGAACCAAAGGAAGUCGCUGCAAAGAAACAUAGCGACGCAGAAAGAAGAAGACGGCUUCGGAUUAACCACCAAUUCGCAACUCUUCGCACGAUUCUUCUAAACUUGGUCAAACAGGAUAAAGCAUCUGUGCUAGGAGAGACUGUGAGGUGUUUCAAUGAACUGAAAGAGACGGUUAAAGAGAUACCAACCACACCAGAUCUAGAAGACAGCUUGAGACUGGGUCACUGUAACAAGAGAGACAUGGCGAGUCUUUUUCAGUUGCAGCGACAGAGAAGGGCUAAUGUCGGAGGUCGCAGCGUCGUUGAGAGCAGCCAGUGCAAAGGCGGUGAGAGCUGA